AAUAGUAUAAAUAAUAUCCGAUCAGCUAGCAUUACAACAUUACAAAAUGGAGUGUCUAACUAAACUAUUGGUGCUGUGUUUUCUGGGAAUGGCAUCCUGCGAACCAGUCUGGCGCAGUUACGGACCACCACCGAAAGAAGAAACUGAAGUAGAAAUCCAAAAAGUCGAGGUUUAUGAGGUACCGUGGAUAGGAGAUCAACAAGCUGAAACCAAUAACGUACCGCCAUCGCAAUAUGGUCCACCAUCACCAUCCUAUGGCCCACCGCCUCAAGAAGUCGUACCGCCUGAUGAAGUUUCCAUAACUACCGAGUAUCCCAGUACUACCACCACAAUUCUUCAAGACAACGCUACUAAUUCUGCUGAAAAUAAGACAGAGAAAUUACAAAUUUCCAGCGAAAAAUUAACUGAGGGACAAUAUUAUAUUUACCAUCCUACUGGGUUACUGCAGAAGGUUUCUUACAUUACUAAAGAUGACGAGAGAAAUAUGGCUUUCUCUGCUCAACUUAAAUACAAAAACGUUGAUCCCGUUCGAGGACCUAUUUAUACUUACGAUCCUAACACUUUUGUGUUUUCGAGAUUGAACAGAAAAUAAACGCGAAGUAGUUUUAUUGUAUUCUCAUAUUUUCAGUUUUUCAGGAGACUUGUUCUUUAGUUCGGUUGCUUGUGAGGCUUGUGAUAUUAAUUUAUUGGUGAGUGUUGUUAUCUCUCUUGUUGUAGCCGUGACUAUAUUUUCAUAAUAAAUUAUUCACUUUUAA